GUCCUAUUACUCCAGUGAUUGUCAACUUUCAUUACAAGAACGAGACAAUGAGCUAUUCCGCUACUUAGUUUGAAAAUGAACACCUGUGUCUCCUACUCAUAUCAAUUGAUACGUGUUUUAAUUGAUGUAAUUAGUUGUGUGGUGGUUCUUAUUCAAUUCUAUGGUUGCAUCGUUGAGUUUUGUUGGUAACUUCAAUUUAAAGGAGCAUACAUCAUUCAUACACUGAUACAACAGAGGAGGUGACUUCCAUUACAGCAAUACUCGUUUAAAGCCUUUCACUUAGUAUUUGUUCAGUGUUCUCCAGCUAUAUAACACGGAUACUUCACUUUGUUGCCGUAUCGCGUAUCGGAUACGUAUCCGAUACCGAUACGCGACGGAUACGCGACGGAUACGUAUCCUGGGCGUAUCCGCGGGAUGGGCCGUAUUGGGCCGGGAAACCUCAGAUUCGAUACGUAUCUCGGUGGAUACGGCCCAGUUUAAAGCCCAUCUAAAGGAGCCGGCCCGAUAGAAUUAACGGGCUGGACCAAAAAGCCCAUUUGUGAUGUAGCCCAUUGCAGCUGGAUGAACAAAUCUAGCUCUAUAAAUAAUGAUGCUCUAUACAAUAUAAGAUUCCACACAAUUGAGAAAGCCGCAGCUAGGUCAAAAACUCCCCGCCUCCAUAGAUUCGCAGUAUGGCAUCUCCAAAUCUGAGUGCUACUGCUGCUAGUUCUAGUGCUAGUUCUGCUGCUAGUUCUAGUGUUGGAUCUGGGUCCAGACAAAUAACUGAUAUCAGGGCUCCAUUGUGGGAUCAUGUCACCAUUCUAGAGAAGCCUAAACCUGGUGGAGGAAAUAUAUUAUGGAGAUGCAACUAUUGUCCAUUUUCAAAAAGCACUAGCUAUACAAGAGUUGAAGCUCAUUUGCUGCAAAAAUUAAGACAGGGGAUUAAGACAUGUCCAAAUGUUUCAUUUGAAAUGCUGAGUGACAUGAGGAGGGAAGUGGAAAAGUGUAAGGAGCUAUUGGAAAGAUCAAAGGCAUGCACUGUUUCUUUGCCUGUAGCUCCUUCAGACAACAGCAAGAGGACCAAGAGGGGGCCUGUUUCUCAAUUGGAAAAAUCAUGGGCAUUGCAAGACCGCAAGCACUUGGAUGCUUUAAUUGUUAGAGCAAUGUUUUCUGGAGGGAUUUCUUUCAACUUCAUGAUAUAUUGAUUGCUAGGUGGACAAAAGGCAAUAAUCCACUUCAUUGUUUGGCUCAUUCACUCAAUCCAAGGUAAUAUGCACUGUGCAAUUAAAAUUCAGAUUCUUUGCUCUUCAUUUUUUCAUUUUAACUUCAUGAUCUAAAUUGCUGCCAA